GCGGGGCCGCGCGGGGAGCAGCGGCCACCACGCAGUGACGCUCCCAGCCUCACGCCGCAGCCUCUCCUCCUCCCGCUGCGCCAGGAGGUCGACGAUGAGGUUCGGGGGCGGGGGAGGGCGGGGGCCUGCCACCUCCUGCCGUGGGCCGCCCUCCUGCUCCUCUGCGCUGCUGCCACCACCGCAGAACGCAAGCGGCGGGAACCUAAGUGGUGGAGGAUCGCCAAGAUAGAGGACCCUUCCAAUCUGAUCAGCAACCACAUCAAGUCAAACUAUCUGGGCGACCACGACUUGGAUCCCGCCAUACGCCUGAUAUUGCGGCGGAAACAGCGACGCCUCCUGCGGGACAACCCUGGGGCGCUGGUGGCCGUGGCGAAGGGGGCGAGGGCGGCGGUUCACGAAUGUCAGCACCAGUUUCGUAAUAGAAGGUGGAACUGCUCUACUACAGUCUUCACGAGGAGAAAGACGCUGUUUGGGAAGAUUGUCACGAAAGCGUGUCGAGAGGUGGCCUUCCUUUUCGCCCUCACCUCAGCAGCAGUGACCCACACAGUGACCAGGGCCUGCACAGAGGGAACCAUAGACUCCUGCAACUGUGACUACCGCGCCAAGGGUCCCAAAGGGCUGGACUGGGAGUGGGGCGGGUGCUCCGACAACAUCGAUUUUGGCAGCAAGUUCUCUCGCCUCUUCGUGGAUGCGGGAAUGAAAGGAAGGGACCCGCGUUUCUCUAUUGACCUUCAUAACAACGAGGUCGGCAGAUUGCACGUACGGGACAACAUGAGGAAGGAGUGCAAGUGCCACGGGAUGUCCGGCUCCUGCACCGUCAAGACCUGCUGGUGGCGCCUCCCCUACUUCAGGAGAGUCGGGGAUGUGCUCAAGGAUCGCUUCGACGGCGCCUCCCGGGUGUUGAUACGAAGCCAGGGCAAUACCAGGACGCCCAAUGCCCGCCGCCCUAACAUGCGGAGGAAGAACAAGAGAAGAAAGAGGAAGUCCUACCGCCUGUUCCGCCCUUACAACCCUGACCACAAGCCGCCCUCCAAGAAGGACCUGGUGUACUUGGAGGAGUCCCCGGAUUUCUGCGUCAGGAACAGGAAAUUGGGCAUCAUCGGGACGCGGGGGCGGGAGUGUAACAGAACCAGCAUCGGCCUGGAUGGGUGUGACCUGAUGUGCUGCGGGCGGGAGCAUCACACACAGGUGGUAGAGGUGGAAGAGAGGUGUUCGUGUACCUUCCAGUGGUGCUGCGUGGUGAAGUGCAAGACGUGCAAGUACAUGAGGACCGUUCACACCUGUUCUUAAUGACUCCGGUGACAGGUGUGCGUGGGAAGAGGUCUGAGGUGUGAUGGGAGGUGAUGGGAGGUGUGGAGGGAUGAAAGGUGUGUGAGAAAAGGUGUAAAAACGUUCAGUGAAAGGAAAUUUAGUGGUGUAUCUGUUGCUGAUGACUUUAAAGGUGACAGGUGUAGAAAAGACAGGUGUGACGGGAGGGAGAUGAAAGGUGUGGGGUGAAAGACAGCGCUACUUGACACCUGUUGUUAAUGACCUUACGAUGACAGGUGUAAGGAAAAAUAUUGUUAAUGGCCUUCGUGACAGGUGUGGAGAGAAAGGUAGUGGCGCUUCAUACCUGCUGUUAAUGACUUUUGAAGGUGGCAGGUGUGUAAGGAAAAAAUUAAAGGUGUAUGGAGGGAAAUACAACGGUUUCCACACCUGCUCUUAAUUAACUGAAGGCAACAGGUGUGAGAAAAGUGGCAUGGCAGGUGUGAAGGGACAUGAACACCUGUGUCAAAUGAUGAAGGUGAUAAGUGUGUCAGAGAACAGGUCGCAGAUGUGGAAAGCAAAGCAGUGGCACAAACACACCUGUCCUUAAUGACUUGGAGGCGACAGGUGUGGAAGAUAAUUGAUAACUGUUGAAAGAAAAUGACAUGCACACCUGCUCUUAAUGACUUGGAGUGUCAGGUGUACUGGAAAAGUUAAGAUAUGGAGAGAAAAACUGAGACCCACCUGUUCCUAAUGACUGAAGGUGACAGGUGUGUGAGAAAAGUGAACAGGUGUGGAUCGCGAGGUGGUAAGGGAGAUGAGAGGAGGAAGCGAUGAGAAGAAAGGGAAGACAUGUAUUUUCUCUUUCUCUCCCUCUCCCUUUCCUUCCUUCUUAUCUCCGUCUCUUGUAUUCCUUGUGCCUCUCCUCCUGUGUUUUUCGUAAUAAAUGAAAAGCAAUACAGGAAAUCUUCUCAACAACGAAGAAACUGUGAAUUUAAGAGAACAACAGGACACGUGAAGGAAAAAAAAAAAAAAAGGCAACGUAAGAUCAGAAAACCGAAAACAACAGAAAUCUGAGGCAACAGAAAUCUGGAGCAUCAAGAAAUCCGGAGAAAAAUACCGAAAAUAAAUAAAUUCUGAGGAAACAGAAAUCUGAAGCACCAAGAAAUCCGGAGAAAAUACCGAAAAUAGAUAAAAAUCCGAACAUCACGAUAUUGACAAAACCCCAUAUCUUAAAACAACAACAACAACAACAACAACAACGAUUAAAAAAAUCAGAAAAAUAAGACGUUAGAAAUCAGAUACCAGGAACACCAGAAUCUGAGCUCAGCACAAGGGACGAAUGCUGAUCACAGACGACGCUGAGUUAUGCUGAUCUCUCCAAUUAUCAAUAUUCUUUUGUACUUUUCUUGUAAUUUAGCAUAAAUAUAUACGUAUAUUGCGUGUGUGUGUGUGUGUGUGUGUGUGUGUGUGUGUGUGUGUGUGUGUGUGUGUGUGUGUGUGUGUGUGUGUGUGUGUGUGUGUGUGUGUGUGUGUGUGUGUGUGUGUGUGUGUGUGUGUGUGUGUGUGUGUUUGUCUGUUAAGCAGGAAAGAGGCUAACCGGUUUUAGAUUUUUUUUUUUUAAGAGAAGGAAGAUGGAAGAAAAAUAAAUGUAAUAAAAACUUCAGAAAACCACGUCAACAUUUUGAAGUUAAUAAUGAUGAUAAUAAUAAUUACAAUAAUAAUAAUAAUAAUAAUAAUAAUAAUAAUAAUAAUAAUAAUAAUAAUAAUAAUAAUAAUAAUGAUAAUAAUAAUCUUGUACACUUUAAAAUCAAUGGAAUACAAGAUUAUUAUUACCAUUAUUCUUUUAUUUCUACAAAUGUAAACCGAAGGAAUUAAAAAAAAAAAAUAUAUAUAUAUAAAUAAGGAAAGGGAAGGUAAUAUACAUUGUAAUGAAAGUGAAACUGGACCAAAUUGGAUACAGAAGAAGAAAAAGAAGAAAAAGAAGAAGCAAAGAAGAAGAAGCAGAACAAGAACAAGAACAAGACGAACAAGAAGAAGAAGGAAAAGACGACGACGAAGAAGAAGAAAAAAGAUGAAAUUUUCUGAACAUUAACAAAUAAAACAAAAAAAAUAAAGUGCGUAAGAAGCGAAAAUUACGAUAAAGAUAGGAAAUAGAAUGUACAGUAAACCUUAAGUACACACACACACACACACACACACACACACACACACACACACACACACACACACACACACACACACACACACACACACCUUUGUUAGGAUGAUAGUUACAUACGAUACCCGCUGCUAGUCACCGUUGCCUUAUAGACAGAUCACUGGCGCUGCUGCUGCUGGACUGACGCGCGGGUGGGUGGGGAGGAGCCUUCGCCUUUAUUAUCCUACAUCUAACACUCUGGAUUGGUAAUGCUGGAUGGUGCAGUUCAUUCAUGGAUUGGAGUUCUGUUUCUUUCUUUUUGUUUGUAUUCAUUUGUCUCCAUUUAUUUUUUUAUUUAUUUAUUUCUUAUUUUUUUGUUUUCCUCCUCCUCCUCCUCUUCUUUCUUCUUCUAAUGAGUCACGUGGCGCAUGAGAAUCGUUGAGGUGAAGAGAGAGUGAGCGAGUGCAAGAAGAUGUUUUCCUUCUUGUACUUCUUUUCUCUUUUCUUUUUUUUUUACGUUAUUUUAUAGCUGAGUGAGAAAGUGAGAGAGUGAAUAAGUAAACAUGUGAUAAGUGCAUUGGUGAGUCAUGGAGUAAAUGUAUGAUUAAAUAUCUGAACAACCACCCACUUGCUCCCUAAUCUCUUCCUUACCUCCCCUUCCCUCACCUUCCCUCCCUCCGUCUCGCUAACACUGUGACCCUCCCCCGCUGCGCCUGCAUAGCCACAGUCCACACGCGUCUCUCAUCUUGUCCGGGGAAUACUAAAUUAAAUUGUUACCAGCCACGGAGAGGAGGGCCAAAAGGUGACGUCCUCAGCCUAUAUCUGCCUACCUAGUCCUGUUAAUUGGCGGGGACUGCAACACGUGAUCCUUUUAUUCCCCAAGCAAAGUCCAAAUUCGGGUGUGAUAGAUGGACAUGCAGACAGCAGACCUAAUGUGGAGAGCAGGAGAUAGCACAUCCACCCCUUCUGACUUCCUGACGUGCACUGAAGGUCUUUGAAUAUAAACUUGGGUCUCUUAAAUUCCCCUGCUCGUUGCUUCAGUCCAGCUUGUAGGUUCUUACUUUUUUUUUUUUUUUGUAUGUAUCCAAUAUUUAUACGAAUGGACGCCCAGCUAAUGUAGAGUAUCAUGUUCUUGUCUUCUCCCAGCUUGAGACUCAGCCUGAGGUACGAUUAAGCAAAACUAUCGAACACUUGUGACCGAAGGAAUUGAGAAUGAACGAAAGGCACGGACAGUAUGCCCUGCUAAUCUUGCGUAUGUCGCUUGUGUUUUCGUCCAUGUUCCAUAAUUCUUGGCACGCCAGGGUGGUGGAUACUUUCUUGAUGAACUAUAUGCUGUAGAACCAAAGACGUAGCCGCCCUGGCCGCUGCAGGACUGAGGGACUGGCCGACGCUUCCACCUCCCGCGUGGACAACAACAUACGCGAUGCACAAGUGAGUUUACGUGUCCAUGAAGAAAGAAGUUUAUCACGUCUUUGAAGGGUUACAGUUUACUUAGUGAGGGGAAGUCAUACGCACGGAAAAUGGAAAUGAAUGUGAUUUUUUUUAUGUCACUCAACAACAUGAUUUAUUACUAAUGUAUAAGAUUUUUUGAGAAUUCUUGGUAUAAAACUGAUUUCUUAGAUAAAAAGAAAACAAAAUUUGUGAGUAAAUCUGCAAUACUGACGAUAAUCUUAUUUUCAUUUUUAUUUUUUUUUCAUAUGCAUUAUUUUCAGUCUAUAUUAGAGUCUAUUUAAUUACAUUACAGAGAAAAAUGUGUAAGACAUAUUAAAAUUUGUGAUAAAUUCUUAUUUUCAAUGCUAUUUUCUAUUUUAUCGUUAUAUUUCUCUUGUCCUCACAUUCUUAAUUAUACUUAUAAUUGAUCUACAUUAGUCAUUCAACAGAAAUACCUACAAAAUAAAUAAAUAAAUAAAUAAAUAAACCUGUGAAAUGCGUGAUACCUUCGUGAUUUCUUUCAUUUACGUAUAUCUUUAUGUUCCCGCCGCGCCAGCCCCUCAGUGUGCCUCCAGCCUCAGCCGCCGCCACACGCGUCCCGGGGGAUUGCAAGUUGUACAUAUUAUUAUUUCAUUUACUUCUGAUGAGUCUGCUUGCUUUAUUUAGGACAUUUUUUGUAAGUUAUAUUCCCUAUGUUUUGUCUGAUUCUCUCUCUCUCUCUCUCUCUCUCUCUCUCUCUCUCUCUCUCUCUCUCUCUCUCUCUCUCUCUCUCUCUCUCUCUCAAUGCAUUACCUGUCAUCCACAAUAAAAUAUCUUGAUGC